UUUUUUUUUUCCCGUUUGUGCUUCUCUCUCUCUCAUCGCUGCGCAAUUUCUCUAUUUGAUUCGAUUUCCAAUUUCUCUAUUGAAAUCAAUUUGCGAUUUGUUUGGACUUUUGGAUCUUUGAAUUUAACUAGUGCAAUGGAUGAGAGUGGAAGGAUUGAUCUUGGUCCCAGAGGUCUCAAUCUCGUCGAUGUCUCUUCCGAGAACGACACUCUCAUCGAUCUUCAAUCUUCGGAAAAUCAGAAUAACAACGUAAGUCCUGGAUUGCUGGAGGCUGUCAAUGUUGAAAAAACAGUGGAUACAACUGACGUCAGUGGGGAUAUGGAACUGUUGCCUCAAUCUUAUGAGCCAUUGGAACCAGAAAGGAUGGGGAAAAUUGGCAAGUGUAAUCUGCGGAAAAGUUUAGCUUGGGAUACUGCCUUCUUUACAAGUGCAGGUGUUUUAGACCAUGAUGAGUUGUCUAGCAUGAUAAAGGGAGUUGGCAAGGGUGGAAAAUAUUUUUUACCUGGAAUUGAAGAGGAUUUACACAGAUCUACUGAUUCAAUCUCUACAUUAGAAAGUGAGAGUCUGACCCUGGAAAGUCUGGAAGGUGAUUUGUUUGAAGACGUCAGAGCUUCAAUUCAGAAAUCCAGUAAAGCAUCUAAUGCGAGAAGUUCUAGCAAAGUGACAUCGGGAGGGAAAGAAACCAAAGUUUCCUGUUCUUUAAAGGUGGACCUUGCUUCCAAGAAUAUGUUGAAGUCGAAACCUCCUUCCAAGAAACAAACCAUUGGCAUACAUGGACCAGGGAAAUUGAUAAAGCAGAGUUCUGGUAGUUCACAAGGGACACAGCCCAUGACUCGAAAUGGUGGCUUGACUUCAUCCCUUCCAAAGGCACCAAAGGUAAUUGCCAGGCCUAAUACCAUCCCAUCAGUACCACUGAAAAGGGCUUCCUUGGGUGCCAAGCAAGUCGAAAUGGAAAAUGAUAAAGCAAAAAAUGCCUCAGUUCCACGUAAAGCGACUCCAGUGUCAAAGAUACACGGUUUGGGUGGUUCUAGCAGGACUGAGCCUAAGCCUGCACUAUCUUCAAAACCCUCUUCAGCAACCAAGAAGCCACCAAGAUCUGCUUCCUCGUGUGAUAGUUCUCGCAGUGCUUCAUCUUCCAAUGUUGGCAUAUCUCCUGUGAAAUCUAAUAGGAGGACUGCUUCCAGAACUGUUAAUCCAACUUCUUCCAGUUCAAUCCUCAAAGUUCCAUCAAAGGUUGUUUUGAAGAAAAAAGGACAACCUGGUCGCUCGGCUCAUUUAAUGUCGUCCAAGCCCUCUUCUAAUUCAUCCCCUGCUAGUUCUAUUAGCGAAUGGUCCUCAAAAUCAUCUUCAUCAACUUAUACUGUCAAUCAGAGAUCUACUACUUCAAUGGCUAGCAUUGACACUAGCUCUCCACGCAGAUCCGUAGAUAGUGAUAUCCUUCCUGCUUUGGAUCAUCAUAAGCAAUCUAAUGAUCAAAUCUCAGACAUACAUGAAAAUAAGGUAAAGCGACUAGUUAGUGAAAAUCUGCAGAUCAGCACACUUCCUCGACCAGUUAAAGUACUACCCUCAGGUCUGCGAAUGCCAUCACCAAAGAUUGGUUUUUUCGAUGGGGUGAAACCUGUGGUUCGUACCCCUACUGGAAGUAUGCAAUCUUAUUCUGGUGUAUCAGUGGGUCCCAAAAUUGGAGCUGGAAUCAAUAGGCCAAGUGGAGGCUCGAGCAAAACAAAGCUUGCGAAGCUUCAACCUGCAAGAACAGUGUCAACAGCUGCAAACAUGAAACUUGAUGGCCAGAAACCCGUUUCACCCCUUCCAUCUCAAAAACCAUCAAAUGCUUCCACAAAGGUCUCUAGCGUUUCUGGAGGCUUAAAGAAAUGUCUUAGCAUAUCACCUCAAGCCCAUAAUGAGACAGACAAUGUUCCAGAUUCUGGUCUGGAUGCUGAAAAGGCUGGAAGUCUAGGCAUGUUGGAUAGAGAAAUGAACAUAGAAAAACAGGGUAAUUUUAACAAAAAGGAUAUCGAGAUUACUCCUAUUGACAGGGAUACCCACUGUAAUGCUGAAAAUAUAAAGCCAUCUGAAGAACUGGGUGAAGAUGCAAUUUCUAGUCUAAAGCAUCUCAAGACCAAGUUGAGGGUUGUUUGUAAAAGCAAUGAAAAGGAGAAUGCCCAUUUUGAAGACCAAGUUGAUGGUUUGACCAAGAACGAGGUCAUUGGCAAUUCUAUUACUCAAAUUGAUUUUAGUCACUCAGAUUUUCAUGCUCCAGAGUUGUCAUGCUCCAAAGAGUUCUUUGUUCUCAGUCAAAAGGAAGGAUCACCAAGUGAUAUGUCGAGGCCCACUUCAAUCUCUCCUUGUCUGGUGACAUCUGAAAUUACAGCUAGCACAAGGACUCCUUUCGCUGUUAAGAAUUCUCUCUGUAAUAGUGAGGGGGAUUUUUCAACUGGAUUGAGCAUUGGAGCGGUGGAGAAGAUAUCAUCACUUUCUUCUUUAAAGAGUGCUCAGACAGAGAAUAGUUAAAACAGUUAUCAUGCUGCACAUUUACUUGAAGGAAAUUUCUGCCUAAGAUGGAACUGUCUGGAGAAAAGAUUCCUUGAUCGAUAAAAAUGAAAUUUGCCUGUGUUUAAUUCUAGUAACUUGAAGAACCAAUUUACGCUGUGAAUGCACUACUGUCCAAAGAAAAAGAGAGAUUUGUGCUGGGAAUACAAGUCAUGACCAUGAGUUUGUAAUAAAUAUCCAUCUUAAUGGUAUUUUAUGUGAUUUUCCUAUACUUUUUUGCGACAAGGCACACGUUGAAAAUCAGUGUAGAAAGAUUUUGCUGCUGCAUUUUUUGCUA